CAAUAAGCCGGUUUUCAUACCGUGUCUACUCUACCCGCCAUCGAUUCUUCAAUAUACAUUUCAUCAUAAACUUCCCUCCCUCCGUCGCCCCCAAAAUUUCACUCCUUCCUUCCCAAAAAUCAAUCGUUAUUUAUAUUAAAAAAAAAUAAAAAAAUAAAAAUGCCGCCUGUGAGGCUGAGUUCAAACGGAGUUCCGGCAAUAAUAGCCGGAGACCUAAAUUCAAAACCGUUACUACAGCUAUUCGACAUCGCUCUGAUAACCUCUCAACAAAAGGAAAGGUAUCAGUGUCUCGUCUCCGAUUCCGUCGUGUGUAAACAAGCCGUUCUCGCUUCUCAGCUUAACGAUCUUGUCAAAAACGGCGUCGUUCGUAACGGAUCCGUCGUUCAGCUCCUCGAAUACAUGUGCACUAACGCUCAAAAUCGCAAGGUUAUAGUUAUACUGAAUAUGGAAAUCAUUAUCCCUGAAUGUGAAAAAAUUGGGAACCCAAAGAUGUAUGCUGAAUCCGAAACAGUGGCUCACAAUCCAGUUUCUAAUGGGAUUUCUCAGGAGGCAGCAAUACCCCCUGCUAAUCGUUUGAAUGCCACAGCUGUGAAUAAUAACAUUCAAACUUGCCGACCAACUGUUCAACCUGCAUACCAACCACCUCCAGUGUACAAAAGCCAUGGGGCAAUCAUGAAAAACGAGGCACCAGCACGUAUUAUCCCAAUUGCUGCUCUUAACCCAUACCAAGGUAGAUGGGCUGUUAAGGCAAGAGUUACUGCAAAAGGAGAUCUUCGUCGCUACAACAAUGCAAAGGGAGAUGGAAAAGUCUUCUCAUUUGACCUUCUUGAUUCGGAUGGAGGGGAAAUACGUGUGACCUGUUUUAAUGCUGUUGUUGACCGCUUCUAUGAUACCAUUGAGGUUGGGAAAGUUUACAUGAUAUCGAAAGGCAGUUUAAAACCAGCCAAGAAAAACUUCAAUCAUCUGAAUAACGAAUGGGAGAUUUUCCUGGAGGCGUCUUCCACAAUAGAUCUUUGCCCCGAUGAAGAUGCUUCGAUACCACAACAGCAAUUUUCUUUCAGACCUAUCAGUGAGAUUGAGACUGCUGAGAAUAAUUCAAUCCUAGAUGUCAUUGGUGUUGUAAUAGCAGUCAAGCCUUCUGUGCCUAUUUUAAGGAAGAACGGAAUGGAAACCCAAAGAAGGACUAUAAACCUAAAGGAUCAAUCUGGUAGAAGUGUAGAGCUUACACUUUGGGGUGAGUUUUGCAAUAGGGAAGGUCAAACACUUCAAGGAAUGGUUGAUUCUGGUUAUUUUCCUGUCUUAGCUGUGAAAGCUGCAAAAGUUAGUGACUUCAGUGGAAAAUCCAUUGGAACUGUUUCAUCCACUCAACUUUUCAUAGAUCCAGAUUCAUUCGAGGCCAAAAAUCUUAGAUCAUGGUUCGAUAGAGAGGGUAGAGACAUUAAUUCUCAGUCCAUCACCCGAGAUUUUUCAAGCGGCCCGAAAAAUGAGAUGCGUAAAACCAUCUCUCAGAUCAAGGAUGAAGGGCUUGGGAGAUCAGAUAAACCCGACUGGAUCACUGUUAAAGCGACUGUAACUUUUAUCAAAACGGAUAACUUUUGUUACACUGCCUGCCCAUUGAUGAUUGGAGAUAAUAAACAGUGCAACAAGAAAGUAACAAAGUCAGGGAACUCAAAAUGGCAAUGUGACCGCUGUAACCAAGAAUUUGAGGAAUGUGAUUAUAGAUAUAUUCUUCAAUGUCAAGUCCAAGAUCACACUGGAAUGACAACAGUGACUGCUUUUCAAGAAACCGGAGAAGAAAUCUUGGGCUGCCCUGCAAAAGAACUCUACAUGAUGAAAUACGAAGCUCAUGAUGAUGACCGUUUUGCAAGUGUAAUCAAAGGCCGUCUAUUUGCAGAGGUACUACUGAAGCUGAAAAUCAAAGAAGAGUUAUAUGGCGAAGAACAAAAGGUUAAAAUAACUGUCAUGAAGGUUGAUAAGGUUAAUUACUCUUCUGACACCAAAUUUCUGUUGGAUUUAAUCCCAAAGUCUAACCAGCUUCCAAGGUAAAAUUAUUUGAUCAGUAAAGCCAGUGAAGUACCUUCUGAUUCUUAGAUUUAGGUUUUUGCAUUUAAAACUUUAAGUUUAAUUGGAAUGUGGCUAUUAUAAUAUGCAUUGUUGCAUACACUUUUUCUUAUGUUUUCAUUUACAAGAGGUUAUUAA